AGUAAAGACCCCCGUGGCCCACCAACAUGCGUCGAUAAUUCCCUUGCUCGAUCGGCUUGAUCCCACCGGCUUUAAAUCCUCCCCAUUCCCUCCCGCUCCCAAGAUAGAUCCACACUCGCUUAGGCUUUUGGAGUGCCUGGUGAGCUUUUUCACUCUCACGGCACACGCACACUCCACAGUGCUGCCACUCGUCUCGCACGCGCCAGCGGCGCUGGUAGACCGCGCGAACAGCAUGGCGGGCUCGUCGGCGGCUCAUCCGCAGCUGAAGCAGCUCAAGCCGCUGUACCAGCACGUGGUGAACAACUUCGUCGCCGUGCUCGCUGCGCCGCUGGCCGUGGCGGCCGUCGUCAACGCGGCGCGCGUCGGUCCCGACGAGCUCCUCGCCCGGGUGCAGGCGGUCCGCGCGGUGCACGCGUUCCUCGCCGUGUUCGUCGCGGCCGCCGCCGCGACGCUGUACGUGAUGCUCCGUCCCCGGUCCGUGUACCUGGUGGACUACGCCUGCUUCCGCACUCGGCCCAACUGCCGCGUCCCCUUCGCCACCUUCCUGGAGCACGCCAAGCUGGUGACCUUCGUGGAGGGCGCCUCCAUCGACGAGCGCAGCGUCCGGUUCAUGACGCGGCUCCUGGAGCGCUCCGGCCUCGGCGAGGAGACCUGCCUCCCCCCCGCGCACCACUACAUCCCGCCGUACCGGAACAUGGAGGCCUCGCGCGCGGAGGUGGAGCUGGUCAUCUUCUCGGCCAUCGACGACCUCCUCGCCAAGACGGGCAUCAGCCCGGCCGCCAUCGACAUCCUGGUGGUGAACUGCAGCCUGUUCGCGCCCAUCCCGUCGUUCACGGACAUGAUCAUCCACAGGUACGGGAUGCGGCCGGACAUCCGCAACGUGCACCUCUCCGGGAUGGGCUGCAGCGCGGGGCUCGUCUCCGUGGGUCUCGCCAAGAACUUCCUCCAGGUGGCUCCGAAGGGCGCGCACGCGCUGGUGGUGUCGACGGAGACCAUCACCCCCAACUACUACGUGGGCAAGGAGCGCGCCAUGCUGCUGCCCAACUGCCUCUUCCGCAUGGGCGGCGCCGCCGUGCUGCUGUCGACGUCCCGCGGCAGGGCCAGGUUCCGCCUCGCCCGCGUGGUGCGCACGCUGACGGGCGCGCAGGACAGCGCGUACCGGUGCGUGUUCCAGGAGGAGGACGGCGAGGGCCACCGCGGGAUCAACCUGUCAAAGGACCUGAUGACCAUCGCGGGGGACGCGCUCAAGGCCAACAUCACGGCCAUCGGGCCCCUGGUGCUGCCGGCGUCGGAGCAGCUCCUGUUCGCGCUGUCCUUCAUCGCGCGGCGCGUGCUGAACCGGCGCGUGAAGCCGUACCUGCCGGACUUCCGCACGGCGUUCGAGCACUUCUGCAUCCACGCGGGCGGGCGCGCCGUCAUCGACGAGCUGCAGCGGAGCCUGGGGCUGUCGGACGAGGACGUGGAGGCGUCGCGGAUGGCGCUGCACCGGUUCGGCAACACGUCCAGCAGCUCGGUGUGGUACGAGCUGGCGUACAUCGAGGCAAAAGGACGGAUGCGACGGGGAGACCGCGUGUGGAUGAUUGGGUUUGGGUCCGGGUUCAAGUGCAACAGCGCGGCGUGGGAGUGCAUCGCGCCCGCGCGCACCGCCGAGGGACCCUGGGCGGAGAGCAUCAGCCGCUACCCCGUCCACAUCCCAGAGGUGCUCAAGCACUAAUCUGUCUGGUAUCGAUCCGAGAUCGUUGUGUACGUAUACGUAGGCUACGGUAAUUAUGAAACCGCGCGCGAACUGUCACGUCCCGUUCGUUCGUUCGUUUUUCUCUCGCGUCUCGUCUCGGAGGAAGGAGGAGGGGCGACGACGUGACAAUGUGUUUUGACUGCCAGGCCGGGACGCGUUGAAUGCGGAGCCUGACGCGUGCAUGUGUGCGGUGCGCUCCAGCCCGGACAGGUGGUUGUGGGAGGGUACGCCGGGUUAAAUCCGGGCCAUUUACACACGUAUACUACUCGUGGUCCUCUAGAUCGUCGAUCGUGUACCCUUCUCUUCUUUCUUUUUGUUUCUUUCUUACCUUUUUUUUCCUUUACCAAAUUUGUUUUCACCACUAAUAAUUUACUUGGUGUCCAUCCAUUUAGAAACAGGGCAAAAUGUACUGCGCGUUGGAUCGAUUACAUUACUAUACCAUUGUACUCUACCUGAAUGAAUAAUAAUUUAUGAUGAAGUGAAGUUACUACA